AUGGGUCCAGGAGGCUACCUGAACUCUUCAAAUGUGCCUGUAGAACCAAGUCAAACCUAUAAUGUUGAUUUGAACCCAGAUGAGGCUGUAAUCUUUCCGUUGUGUUUCUGCAGGUUUGCGUCUCAGCUGUCUCCAGACUCAAAGACAGCCCUGAGCACUCCUGCCUCUCCUCCGUCAGAGAUGUCCGCUCCACUAUCCAGCCUGGCCGUUUCUGUCCCCUCGGUGGCUCUGAGCCCCUCCCUUGAGGAGGAUCGUCCUCUGCUGCUGUCAAAGAAGAGUCAGCAGACCAUGUCCUCCAGACUGGCGGAUCAGAAGAGCAGCUUUUCCCACUACAACCACGGCCACGUGGCACACAGCUUACCGCCCAGCCCCGCCCUCCAUGCUAAGAACGUGACCUUCGGAACCCCGGGGGACCGAGACGCCGCCGCCAGCUACAGUUUCUCAGAGUUACCUGAGAAACUGACAAAUCGACUAGACAGCAGCAGGAAGUGCAUCAGCCAAAGAGCUGCGUGCCGCGUGCUGUGCUCCAUGGAGUCCAAUGACAGCAUGCUAUUCAGUGAAACGGACGAGCCUCAUGGCGGAGACAGACAUUUCCUCACUGCAGACAGCACCGCAGCCCUGUGGGACACGGGGAGCAGCAGGACUAACCCAGCAUCACCAAGCCACGCCCUGCACCUCCAACCUCACAACCCCAUCGCUGUGUAAAGAAAUACUCACCUCACAUCUACCUUCCACUCGCUAACCGCUGCAUAAAGACAAAAAAAGGAAAAGAAACCUAUUUUAGUGAUGUAGUAAAUGAAGAGUUUUAUAAAAGAAGAAACAAUCUGAACAUAUUCAUGAGCUGCAGGUAAAGUGCCAUAUGCUAGAAUACAGCAAAGGUCCCAGAGCAGAAAAAUAUCAACGGUGCCUUUGUGUUUGGAGUGGCUGAAGUGGAGCAGCACUGCACACCGAGCUGUGGGCCGCCACCCUGAUGUUAGGCCGGGGCCGGACGCAUGCCUUGAUCAAAUACUCAGCAUGUUGUACUUUGAUUUCCUGCUUUUUUUCCUUUGACAGGGUCGCUUCUUUCCUGCACUUGUCUGAUUGAUCCUGAGCCGGUUUAAAGCCAUGCAUCACUGAACAGCCACGCCUGGACUUAUACUCAGUAAAACCUUCUGAAAUGGCUCAUUACCUGCAUUUGAUGGAGGAGAGAAAAUAUUAGCCACCAUGUUAUUUUUAUUGUUCACUAUCCGUCCCAGUAACCGGGCACUGAAUAGAUAGAACUGUGAGAUUAAUGUGCAAUCACUGCUUUACUAAUGCGGUCACCGCUUUAGCUAACAUAAUCCUGUAGAUUUAUUUCAUUUCUGUAUCAGAUUUUAAUCUGUAUUAAAGUUAUUGUGCUGAUGCAGUUGGAGACGGCGCUCCUGCAGCCCUGGAGAGCCCCGUCCUCACAGGCUGGGUCCUUCAGAGGGACUGUAGAACACGACUGUAACGGCUGCAGCCUCCUAACUAAAGAGGAAGAUGCUUGCUCGUUUUUUUUUUAUGCUGACCUCCAGUGAAUCACCAGGGUGAAUACAGCUGCUAACAAAGAUCCGAAAGUGGUCAAAUGCACUGACUCUAUAUCUGUUUCAUGAUUCUACGUCUUCUAACAAAGAUAUUGUCUUAAUCAGUCAUGUCAUAAUAUAUAUAUAUUUUUUUUUUACAUUAACAAGUUUUCCUGGAACUGUAGGAAAAGUCAGUCUUUUAAUGAAGGCACAUGUUAAGCAGAUAGUGCUGUGAUUACCCAUAAUGCUAAGCUGCCUUAAGUCGUACCUUAUAGGCAUUCAAUUACUGCACCUCACCUACUUUAAAAGAUGUGUCUGCACUUCUGCUCUCAGAUGCUUGGGUUUGUGAUUUCUCUAUGUGGUGUCAUUGUUGAUGUAGUGAAAAAAAAGCUAUUAAUAAAUAAAAACUGAUACUGGUUUAACUGGUUCUGUUAUUAGAACAUCAAAGGAUGUCUGCUGAUCUCCUUAACGGACCUCCCAGAAGAAGAAUCCUACAGUUUCUGGACCUCCUUAACAAUUAAAAAUGAUUCAAGAGAAACGGUAAUGUUUAAAAAUUUGAUAUUUUUAGGGCAAAAGCGAGAAAACUAAUAAAAACCGUUUAGUUUUACACUGUAGCUGUCUGGCUUUUCAACUGUGUACAUAUUAAAUAAAAUCAUUGCUCCCGCUGAAA